UAGAGACUCUAGACUGAGUGGGGAUCAACCCGGCUUAUACAGUAUCUUCAUUCCUCCAUCGGCGUAUAGGACUCUCGUGGCUAAAACAAAUGGAAACCUUCGCUCCCGAAGGAUCUGGGUGUUUGUAGAAAGAAUGAUGAUUUACUAACUACUACCGAAGAAUAAAAUCGUUCAAGGGGGCUUACAUUAUAACAGAAAACCACUAACUUAUACUGCAAUGGGUGUAGGAGAAAGAACGUUACUGAAUUUGUGAAGAAACGAGAAACCAGGAAAGUGAACCAAAAGAAAAAAAAAGUUCCGCAGUGAUUAAAAAAAACAAAAACGACAACUUUUGAAAACUCGUAAGAUCGCCGACUUGAAAAACUCUCCAAGAUGGUUGCCAAGUCAGCAUCGAUUCACCCGACGGCCCCGGCUUUCCUCGAGCCCCAGGUCGAGAUCCUCGCGGGGGAGGUCCUCGAGCAUCCCCAGGAGGAGGAUGAGGAGGAGCCUUCCAAGAGCUUCAAGUUGAAGAAGCAACUGGGACUGAUGGACGGGGUGGCCAUCAUCGUCGGCAUCAUGAUCGGCUCUGGGAUUUUCGUGUCUCCAAAGGGCGUCAUCCAGUUCAGCGGGAGUGUAGGGAUGUCUCUGGUCAUCUGGGUCGUCUCUGGGCUUCUGUCGAUGGUUGGGGCGCUGUGUUACGCUGAGUUAGGCACGAUGAUCCCAAAGAGCGGUGGCGACUACGUCUACAUCAUGGAGGCCUUCGGUUCCUUGCCCGCCUUCCUCUUCAUCUGGAUGACCCUCCUAAUCAUCCUGCCCACCAGCAACACGGUCAUGGCCCUCACCUUCGCCAAUUACAUCAUCAAACCGGCCUUCAUGGACUGCGACGAAUCUUUGGAUGUGCCCGUCAGGCUCAUAGCGGCCGCUCUUGUCUGCUUCUUGACGUGGAUCAACUGCACGAACGUAAAAUGGGUUACGAAGGUCCAAGACCUUUUCACGAUGGCCAAGGUCAUGGCCCUGGGCAUCAUCGUAGUCGCUGGCAUCUACUGGCUGGCCACGGGCCACACCGAGUAUUACAAAGAGCCCUUCGUGGAGACGAACUGGUCAUUGAGCUCCAUCUCGACGGCCUUUUAUCAGGGACUCUUCUCCUUCGCUGGAUGGAACUGUUUAAACUUCGUUACAGAGGAGCUAAAAGAUCCAUACAAAACAUUACCUAGGGCCAUCAUAGUGUCAAUGCCCCUCGUGACUCUGGUGUACUUCCUGACCAACAUGGCAUAUUUUGCCGUCCUCGAACCGGACGAAGUUCUUGCUUCCAGCGCAGUUGCUCUGUCCUUCGCCAGUCGCAUUCUGGGGGUGAUAGCCUGGAUGGUGCCGAUCUUCGUGGCCCUCUCCACUUUCGGGAGUCUGAACGGCCUGAUCUUCGCUGCCUCACGACUCUUCUUCGCCGGGGCCCGAGAAGGACACCUGCCCCAGGCGUUCGCCCUCAUCAAUGUCCAUCGCUUCACACCUGUCCCUGCUUUGGUAGUUCAGUGCGUGAUGACGCUCUGUAUGCUGACAACCGCCGACACACUCGUCCUCAUCAACUUCGUCAGCUUUGGGGAGGCGCUCUUCGUCCUGAUGUCAGUUUCGGCGCUUCUUUGGUUACGCUACAAGGAACCUCAUCGUAAAAGACCCAUUAAGAUGUGGAUAGGGAUUCCGAUCCUCUUCUUCUUCAUCAGCAUAUUCCUCGUGGUCUUCCCUGUGAUCGAAAGGCCCAUCGAGCUGGGAAUAGCCAUCGGGGUAUUCCUGGCGGGCAUUCCAGUCUAUUACCUCUGCGUCAAGAGAGCCAGCAAGUCGAAGGAAUUCAAUUCGUUCAUGGGGAAAAUAACAUCGGUGUGUCAGCUCCUGUGCUGUGGAUUACCCGAAGAUAAAGACGACUGAGAAAACGAAUAGUUUUUCAUUAAGAAGGUCUUAGAAAUAAAUCUCAAGGAAGACGUGACCGUCGACUAUUUCGUGGUUCUGAAAGAACGAAUAUUCGUGGCGAGGAUCUGAUAUAAUAUAUAUA